AUGAAGCCAGUCAUGUUGGUGGAAACCGUCCUAGUGACCUCGCUAUUCGCAGUUGCGUGGAAUAUCCCUUCAUUCCGCUCCAUCCUUUCUGCUCCCCCAGACCCGCUAUCACGUCCAGCUGGCUUUUCGCCAGGUGUGUCAGGCUUGUCAAACACGGUCAACCUCGGACUUCAUCCACAAGACACGACAGCCAUCCAGCAAACCUUGAGCCUGUACCCAUUUAUCAUCGACAGCGGAGAAUGGGAUCAGCUGGGCCGCGUGCUUCAUCCUGACAUUUGGGCUAAUUAUAGCAGCUAUGUAGGAAUUCUGCAAGGGAUCGACAACGUAGAAGCGGCCCUGAAGCGUGCGCUAGCCCACGUCACGUCCCAGCAUGCCCUCAGUACGCAGGUCAUCGACGUCGCGCCGGACGGUCUGACUGCGCACUCGUUGACUUACUAUCUUGCUACGCAUUGGGGAAAGGGGAAAUAUUUCGGACAGGCACUCUGGACAUGGGCCACAUAUGAUGAUGAAUGGAUCAAGAACCCCGAAACGGGUGAAUGGAGAAUCAUCAAACGAACUAAUCAUCAGGCGGGACCCUGGUUUGGCAACACGGCUGUCCUUGGCUUUUCCUGA